UGCCACAUAACCUAACCUUUUGGCCGACAGCUUUUGCCGGAGGAAGGCUGCAGGAGGCUGGAGCCCAACCCACCCUUGCCUCGGGCGGCAGCCCAGCAGGACGGUACAGGCGCGCCAAACCGAGGUGAGCCGUGCCGUGCCGCGCCGCGCCGUACCACACCGGGGAGGAGCACAGCAGCGCUACUAGCAGCACCCAAAGCGCGGUUGUUGGGAUGCGGCAGCGCCUUCCCCUCGGAGAAGAGCGAAGUUAAAAAGCCAGCGCGCCUCCACCGCUUUCCUCCGCCCUCCUGCCUCCGAGCCUCCGGCGAGCUCCCAGACGUCCCGCACCCCGCCCGUCUCGCCCGGGCGGCGGUGCAGAGCGCGGAGCGGCGGGAGCCUACCGCGUGGAGCCGAGACCCCGGCGCUGCCGGUUUGGGCGCGCGUUUGGGAGUCUUGGUGCCUUGAGGCACCGCGUCCUGCCAAGCCGCCCGUCUGAGAGGACUACUGCAGCUACUUGGGAGGAGAUGAGCGUGGCAGGGAAACAGCUCGAGCGCCCCGGCAGCCUCCUCGUCCCCACCUGGACUAAAACUGGUAUUGCCUUGUUAUAUGAAGAAGCAUCCCCAAAUGCUUAUGACAUCCGACUGAAGCUUACAAAAGAAGUAUUAACAAUUCAAAAACAAGAUGUCGUCUGUGUUAAUGGGAGUGAUCACAGUGCAAAUCACAGAACUGUUACACUUCAUAGACAACCAGUUGGUGGCUUGGGCUUAAGCAUAAAGGGUGGUGCUGAGCACGAAGUGCCUGUCGUCAUAUCAAAAAUUUUUAAAGAUCAAGCAGCUGACCAAACAGGAAUGUUAUUUAUAGGAGAUGCAAUAUUACAGGUUAAUGGUAUAAAUGUAGAAAAUGCUACUCAUGAAGAAGUGGUACACCUACUGCGAAAUGCUGGCGAUGAAGUUACCAUCAAUGUUCAGCACCUCAGGGAAGCUCCAUCGUUUUUAAAGCUCCCAUUAGGUUCCCCUGGACCAUCCAGUGAUCACAGCAGUGGGGCUUCAUCACCUCUCUUUGACAGUGGCUUACAUUUAAAUGGAAACUCAACUAACACUGCUCCAUCAUCACCUUCUUCACCUAGAGCUAAUGAACCAAAAUACGAGAAGCGCUGGGUAGACACCUUAUCAAUUCCUCUGUCAAUGGCUCAGAUCUCGAGGUACAAAGCUGGAACAGAUAAGCUAAGAUCUAAUGCAUUUGAAGUGCUGGCACUUGAUGGAGUUAGUACUGGGAUACUUCAGUUUUAUACAGCCCAGGAGAGUGCUGACUGGCUGAGAGCAAUAUCAACUAACAUCAGUGAUUUGACACUUCAAAAUAUGAAAAUGGCAAAUAAAUGCUGUUCUCCCUCAGACCAGAUCAUACACAUGGGAUGGGUAAAUGAGAGACUUGAAGGAACUGAUUCAUCUCAGCUCUACAAAUGCAAAUUUCUAGCACUGAAGGGUUCCUCCUUUUACAUUUUCAGCACUCCACCGGUAAGCACACUAGACUGGAUACGAGCUGAAAAAAUCUACAACCUCUGUGAGGUUCUAUUUAAAAUUCACAAGCUCUGGCUUGCUGAUGAUUGUUGGAUGCAAGCAAAUUUAUAUUUAGGUAUCCAUCAGGACUUUGAUCUUGAAGACCAGAGGUCAUAUUGUUUCAGCGUAAUGGUUGGACAUGGCAAGAGUCAUUAUUUCAAUGUGGAGCUGGACAGUGAGUUGGCAGUGUGGGAGAAAUCAUUUCAAAGAGCGAUUUUCUUGGAAGUUCAAAGAACAGGGUCUAAAACAUACAUGUGCAGCUGGCAAGGGGAUAGACUGUGUUUCACAGUAGACUUCACUCUGGGGUUUACCUGUUUUGACAGGGAAACAAAGAAUGUCCUGUGGAGGUUCAAAUUCUCUCAGCUCAAAGGCUCUUCAGAUGAUGGGAAAACAAGAGUAAAACUGCUUUUUCAGAAUCUGGACACCAAACAAAUUGAGACAAAGGAACUUGAAUUUCAGGAUUUGACAGCAGUUUUGCACUGUAUUCACUCCUUUAUAGCAGCAAAAGUGGCAUCUGUGGAUCCAGUAUUCAUAGACAGUCAGAGUAUUGCAAGAAAGUAUAUGUACAGUAACUGAUUCCAGUUUAUAUGUUGUGACUAUGGAAAAUAAAUUAUUUUCUUAGAGAAAGUAAUUAUUUCAUGCACAAUAUUGCAACUUUGUGAUUUUGC